UUUUAUUCACAGAGCCCGUCGCCUUAAAACUUUUAAAGCGGCCACGAAACAUAAAAUUAAUACGACGCUUUUCAGGAUACGAAGCGACAAUGGCUAUCGCCGUGUCGCCUCUCUCUUCCCAACACGGCGAAACCGGGCCAGUCCCCUCAAGUGCUAUCGCUUACACAGGUGAUAAUGUUAAGAAUCUACAAACACAAGCGAUUCUCCUCCCAUUCAGCCAAGAUUUAUUACCUCAUAAGACUUUUUAAGUCUUACGCUUGCGAAUUCUUUCAGUUUCUUUUGAGACCUGUACAAUGGAGAACGAUCGAUCUUUGUUCUUUGGAGCACUUACCCUCUUCCAACACAACUUGUUAGUGUUGUAAUUGUUAUUGACAUGGGGUUUGGUCAUUAAGGCUGGUGUGAGAAUAAUUAAGGUGAACCUUAAGGUGACGGGUUUCGGUUCGUCAACUUUAAAACAGCUAAACGUGUUCUGAGCCGAAGACUGGAUGAGUGCGGCGUUAAACAACAAACAAACAAACAAACAUAACCUGGGACGGACAACUGUGAGUGAAUUGAGUUUUUCGCAGCUUUGAACAUUAUUUCAAUUUCAACACGAGUUGGGAGGCUACAAUGCGAAGAUCAUGGACGUUUACUUCUUCCGUGAAACCUGCUAGCACGGGUAGGGUGAUGAUCGAUCAAGGAACAUAAUCGGGACUAAUUGUUAUAACCCACUAGAUCAGCGGAUCACCGUACGAAUAAGGGCCGUAACUCGGCACAACAAGCUGCGGCGUAUUGGACAAAUAGACCACCCGAAACCCCGGAUGAGCAAUGAUAAACUACAGUGUAUAACGUUGUCUUGACCAGUCGACACUUGAAGACACUUGAAGACGCAGAAGGCUCUUCGAGACAGUAAAACUAAACUGAAAAAAAGACGGCAGGUUUUGGAUUUGUUGCCGUGCCUUCCAAUACUGAUGCAAGUGGACAGUCCACCUGUCGACGUUGUUCGUCGUCAUCAACAACCAUAGGCCACAUAGUAGCAUACAACCUCGAGGCCAUUGCCGGACCGACAAAUGCGAAUAUGUUUUAAUACGAAUUUAUUAUGAGUUGGAGACGAGUCACUUCAGACUCUUUUCACGUGUUUAAUUUGUAGCUAAGAAACCCAGUACUCGCUGAGGCCUUUCGUGUCCUGUUUGUCAGCCAUGAACGAAACAUAAAUCUACAGAUCAGUGUUAAGAACGCUACCUAUGGUGUCACUUGUUUGAAGCUGGACUUCCUGGUUCUAACUUAAGAGUGUGAGUAUUAUUGAAGAAAGCCCUCGUGUAUUAAUGGAUCUCUUGAAACCUAUAUUCAAUAUCUUUGGAAUGAACUUUUUGUUUGAUGCAGUCGAGCUGAAUGUGUCGAGACAUAUCAGGCGGAAACAAAGAACUCUGAAACCUACCACGCUGGUGGCACUCAAACCCUCCUACUUAUUUUCACUGUUUUAAUUCACGCCUGGGCGUUUAUGGGGCAAGAACUUUGCGGGGGAGAUGGUGUCCUGUUCCAGUGUUUGUUCGACGAAUACAAAGAUAAUAUCAACACAUUGCGAGUCUCCUUUCUCAUAUAGCAGUGCGGCUGCACAUUUGAAUUGACAAAGAUUAAACAAUAAUUGAACCUUGGAAAUUUGAAUGGUGUUGGAGCUGUGCACACUAUCUGGUUAUACAUCUGAUCUGGCGCGAGUCGGUCGACAGCAGGAAAUUGAUUCUUUAAGAGGAAGUAUUGAUUAUUGCAUGGUUGAAACACUGAAUAACUUCUGAAAUUCUAAUCCAGAUAGUGAACAAAGAAUACUAAAUCAAUUAUGUACAAUUGUUAGUAACGGGUGCAUAUCGGAUAAUCCGUUAAUACCCCAGGGGUUCAAGACUGUGAAUGCUGUCAGCAUUUGGCUGAAGACGAGUGUUGACAUGUAUAUUAAAAGUGAACGAAAUGUUUAAUACUGUCGGACGUCGAUAUAUCACAUCUGGUCAGGGACAUUCUUGUAACCACUGCAACCAACAGACCACUGGAUUUACCGUUUGCACACCUGUGUAUACAAGAGGCGUGGGAUCUUCUUUCAACAGCGUCCUGACUCUCAAAUCAUGAGUUUGAAUCCCAACCUAGGUCAUCUGUACCACGACAACAGUAUUGGCGGAACACUGACAUCCAUCGAUGCUCGGGAGCAACUGCGCAUGCGUGAGAUAAAUAGGCGCGAGCAGCGAUAUCUAGCUCACCACACGUGCAUCCUGGACCGCGCAAAAGACAUCUGUGACCGAUCGCGAAGAUGGGAACAGGAAAAUGUUAAACGACAGAUUAAAAAGAUCAAAGAGAAGACUCUAUCACUUGAAAAGAAUCUCAAACAAGAAGCCAAACGCUCCGCAGAUCACCAAAUUAAGUCUUCUGUAACGUCUGCUCCAUGUCUAGUCAGCAGAAACAGUAUAUUUGCCAGCUUACCCAGGCAGGUUAAAUCAGCUUCCGACUUAACAGUCUCACCAACGCGACAUGUUGUCAAGUCGAACAGUUUUCAGAAGCGCAGCAACCAUGUGGUGCGGGCUCUGUUGAAAAUGUACAGUCGGAGUGAUGAAAGGAGGCGCCAGAGCCUGGAACAACCCUACCAGCUGGACCCGGCGCAGAUUGAUAUCCUCCACCGAGCCCGGGUUGUCCUCAAAGGGACCGACUCGGAGGAUGAGGUGUUGAAGAUGCUCGGAGGUGUCUCAGGGGGACAUAGACCUCAGCCACCAGAUUUGUCGUCGGAACAGGUGGACUUCCGGCCAAACCGGAAACAACACGGCAGAAACGGUGGGGAUUCUGAGUCAGAUGUUGACGGUCAUCAAGCUUCAUGGACUCUAUUCACGAAGUUACCUGAAGUAUGGAAACAGGAGUCUGGGAUGAGAUCUGGGCCCGAUGUCGGCAAACCUAAACUAGUGACCAUCACAGCGAAAUACAGGAAAUCAAGAGUAUGCUAAGGUAUCAUUGUAUGUAGCCUAUCAACAUGCUUGCGCAUCUUUGAUAAUGUUUUACCAUUUCCGAACAUUGAGAUUUUGUUUAUGGAACGAAUGAGUUACUGACACUCUUCUCGUGUUGUUGCUUUUUACCAAUUAUGAGAUAGGCUCUUGUGUCAGCUGUGUCAUUCACUGAUUGAGCUAAUGAUCCGCCACUAUCCACCUUGACGAAUCGACCAGAACUGAAAAUUGAUAAUUUUGAUUCAUGGAAAAGAUGCUGUGAAACCGCAUCACUCUGCAAUCCCGUUUCCGGACAUAACUGUCAGGAGUGGCUGUGCAUAUUCAAAGGGCAUAUAGCUCAGUGUCCACGAUAUGAUUCAGAAAAUGUUGUCAGGACGAUUUCACCGAGAACGGUAGUCCGGAUUUUCGGGGUUUCAUUGUAUUUAUAUGGAUCACUCUGUCAACAGUGAACAAAACUAUAGGCUUCUCAAAAUCUUGGUUCAUUGAUGUUUUUUUUUAUGAUAUUCAUAAAAGUCCGAAUAAAAAUCAUGCACAUAGUUACUUUCUUCCACUGCCUUUCGUAUAUUUUCAUCUUCCUUUCGCGUGUUAUAGGAAAACGUAUUGUUCACAAUUUUAACAAUUCUAUCGAUUUCAUUUCUUGACAGCUGUCUCACUGAAACCAAUGGAUUAUUUUGAAUUGAAAUAACAUGUCAUGCAUACGAAUACUAGUGUUUGAAGGGGAAAACCGACAUUUCUAACCCCAGAAUUAGAAGAUAAACAUUGCGCCUUUUUUAUGUAGAGCUAGGUAUCACCUGUAGAUUUAACCCCACUAAACUGAAUUUGGAAGCGAACGCGCUGCGUGAGGUCUCAAGGUUACAUGACAUUACAUGAAUCAAUGUAAGGAUUACUCAUUACUCGAGACACUAAGCUUCAUAGGAGUCUCCUGAUAACAUUGUACGUUUACUUGGGAAUGUUUUCGUUACAUAUGAUGGCAGGGUGUCGACGCGUGAAGAUUUUAACAGAAUACAUCUCGUAGCGUCCUUUUUCCAACGAGUAUUACGGAUACAUAGAGCUUGCAGUUUCUGCCUUGAUGGUUGUCUAACCUCAUACAUAAUGGGUUUCCAAAAGCAUCUAAUUUUCAUCAAAACUGACUGCAAAAUGCUUCCUUUACAGUGUGUUACUAGAACCCUACCGCCUUCAAUGUGACUUGAUAACCAAACUUUUACCAUGGUUUGUCCAAACAUCGUAAGGAUCAUCUAUAAGUUUUGUGAACUUGUUAUAAUUUUUUUAUGUUCAUUUCAUUGGUAACUUUGAGCUUCACUCUCACCAAUACAAUACUGGAACACAACAAAAAAUGUCUGUACUCCAAUACAAUAUAUCUAAAUAAGUGUUCACAAUUUUGUGAUAUGAAUGAAUAACAGAUCACAUGACCCAUAUUGGCAACAUCCUAAUGUAUAUUCACUCAUUGAGAACUGCUUUGUAUACUCAAGUAUUAAAAUGAUAAUAUGGGACUUUUGAGUUGAUUUUUGUGACAUACUUAACCCCAGUUGAACAUACUAUCAUGACAAGGCAAUAUGGUGGAUGGCUUAUGUUAUUGACAUUUAAAAGGUGAAUAAGUGGCGUAUGUGUUCAGUCAUUCAUUGAGCAAGUGAGAUAAAUGCCUAUACCACCGAAAUCUGGAUCACU